AUGUUGGAAAACAUCAGAGCUAAUGAGGCUGCACAAGCUGAGUUAAGAUCUACCAACAAUGAGAAGGGGAAUACAGAUGAAGUAAGCAAAGAGGAAGCCAGCAGUUCAAACAAGGUAGAAAACACAAGCAGUAGUCUUGAAGGAAACAAAGAAAACAAACAAAAUGAGAAAGUGGAAGAAGUCAAAAGUACUAAUCAAGAGGAUGGAGAAAUGCAGAACACUGAAAACAACAAUGUUGAUCAAGUUGAGCAUAAGGUACUUUCAGUUUCAGAAAGAAUAAUCAACAAGAAGAAGAAGAAACAAAAAAAGAAGAAAGUUCCAAAAAAUAAGAACAAAAUACUGUUUAAACCAGCCAUUGAUCAGAUAGUAGUGAAGAAAAAUAAGAGAAAGCAAAGGAAGAAAGGGAAAGAACAUGAUGAAGAAGACAAGGUGCCAUCAAAGUGA